UGGCGGUUCCCCCAACUACGACCUCCACAGAAUGCUCCAGAACCCUAUCAAGGCCCAGUUUGGAGUGAUGGUAUACAGGCAGCAAGAUGGAGACAGACGGAAUCAGAGAGCAUGCUAACAUCGCCGUGACUACACAGACAGAAGGACACCUCAUCUCAUUCGCCUCAGGAAAAAACUGUUGUGCUCUUGCUAUUUUGCCAUUUAAUCCUUGACUCGUGAUUUUAUUAGUUUAUCAGUGUAUCAUUUCUUCGACAUACCUGAAUAACUUGAGUAACUUGAGUUGAAGUUGCAUGAAAGGUUGUUAGUUGAUUGGGCUACUUCAAACUCUUGAGAGCCUCUCAGGACUAGGCCCCACCCCAUCCCCACGCUAGUGUGAUGCAUGUUAUGAGCAGCCCAUCGCUGACCAAUGAGACAGAGAACUGCAGCAGCGAAUGCAGCAGCAGUGCCGCCAGCACCACCUCCGACCUCUCCCCAAUGUUGGGCCACAUCCCCUCUGCUUCUACUCUCCCCUCUCCCUUCCCCAAUGAACACCCCCUGCACCCUACCACACUACCCCACCACUACACCCCACCGCCACCACCACCCCUACCCCCGAACACACCUCCUCCUCCUCCUCCCCCACCACCAACCUCCCUCUCCAGCCACGGUGUGUGGAAGAAGCGGCAGGUGCGGAGCUUUUUCUGGAAGCCCAUCCCAGAGGAGAAGGUGCGGGGGCAGCCCAACAUCUGGACCAUGGCGGUGCGCUGCCAGCAGCAGUACCAGAUCGACGUGCGCUCCGUGGAGGAGCUGUUCGGCCAGCCGGAGGAAGUGCAGGGCCGGGGGUGUGUGCCCGCCACCAGUGGAUCCUCCUCAGCCCGCAUCACCCGGUCCAGGUCCUUCAAGGAGAACAAGGACAAGAUCAGCAUUCUGGACUCCAAGCGGGGCAUGAACGUGGGCAUUUUCCUCAGGCAGUUCAAGAAGUCCAAUCACUCCAUCGUCGAGGACAUUCGCCAGGGAAAUGGCAAGCUGUACGGAGCUGAACCCCUCAAAGACCUGCUCAAACUCCUGCCCGAGUCUGAAGAGGUAAAGAAACUGAGGGCGUUCAAAGGGGACUCCAGCAAACUGACCCUGGCAGACUCCUUCAUGUACCUGUUGAUCCAGGUGCCUCGGUUUGAGUUGCGCAUCGAGGCCAUGGUCCUGCGUGAGGAGUUCUUUCAGUCCUGCUCUGUGAUGAGCCAUGAGAUCGAUGUCAUCCGCGUGGCCACCAAAGAGCUGAUGACUUGUGAGGAACUACACGCCAUCCUCCACCUGGUCCUGCAGGCUGGAAACAUCAUGAACGCUGGUGGCUACGCGGGCAAUGCCGUGGGCUUCAAGCUGUCAUCGCUCCUCUCGCUGGCCGACACCAAGGCCAACAAACCUGGCAUGAACCUGCUGCAUUUUGUGGCUUUGGAGGCACAGAAGAAGGACGAGAAGCUGCUGAAGUUCCCUGAGAAACUCCAGGACAUCCAGAGCGCUUCCAGAAUAUCAGUGGAAAACAUUGAGUUGGAGUUCUCGUCUCUCUACGUCAGGACCAGAUCCCUGGAGGAGAAGGUCCAGAGUGACCCAGAGCUCCUGGAGCAGCUGAACCCCUUUCUGCAGUGCUCCGCAAGGACACUCCAGGACCUGAAGAGGUGUAGGCUGGACCUGCGGAAGGAGGGUAAAUCGCUUAUUGACUUCUUCUGUGAAGACAAGGACACCUUCAUGCUGGAUGAGUGCUUCCGCAUCUUCCAGGACUUCUGUCUCAAGUUCAAAAAGGCUGUCAAGGAUAACCGGGAGCGGGAGCAUAAAGAGGCGGCCAGGCAGCGGCGUCUCAGAGAGCUGGAGGAGAAGCGCUUUGCCUGGAAUGCCGACCAGCAGCAGGCUGCUGGCGCAGGUAAUGGCGGCUUCGGCCGCAGCAGCAGCGGGAACGACAUGGAUAUGCUCAGCAAGGAGGGCCUCCUGGACUUCCUCCAGCAGCGUCCCGCCAGCCCCCACAGCCCCCUGGGUCGUUCAGCCAGCGCCCGUCGCCACCGCCACACCGUGGCCGCCAUGGCCGACCGCGAGCUUAACGAAUACCUGGAGCUGUUCGGCAGUGAAACGGCACUACCAGCUGACUAUGCCAACAAGUUCAACAGCUUGCCGCGCUCCGGCCGCACCCUCCAUCGGAGAACCGCCCCCUGUCUUGUGUCCCAGGAUGUCAACCCCAAGCUGGGGAAUGGGCAGCAGGUGCUGGCCACGUCACACCGGGCUGAGACGGAGCCCAUCAGCCCCUUGGCCAUGUACUCUUUCACAGGCUUUAAUGCCAACGAGGAACCGUAUAACAAUAAUAACAAUUACACGACCGUGUCCGAGGGGAGCUAUCUGCCUCGCUCAUGUCAGAACCGCAACGUCUUUCAGAAGACGCCCAACCCCAGAGCGAGCGUCACGGCACACAUGAACGUCAGUGUGGAGAGGCACACUCUAGUCCUGGGAAUUCAACAGUUUGACCUCCCCAGUCCGAACAAUAACACAAAUCAAAUGCACUUCGUUGACCACAAAGACUUGGUGGUAACGGACUUGGAAAUGAAGACGGAAUCUCCAAAGACACUCAUUUUGGAUACCCCUCCUCCUUGUCCAAAGAGUUUGGAAAGAGGACCAGAGCCCGUGGCGUGGGAAGGUAAAAUGCCGUCCUCUCAGUUUGUGGUUGGUUCGCUUCAGAAGGAGGAAGAGGAGGAAAGCAGCACCGUCUCCUCAACCACCUGUGAUAUGCCCCUCCCUCUUGACCCAUCCGUAUCCAAUAAGAAACCGGUGUUCUACAUCUUAGACUGCACAGAAACGGACUGCUCCGUAGCGCUUGACUACUCUGAGAUCGAAAGCUCACCUCUAAUGAGGGAAGGAUUGGUCCCCGAUAUAAAAAACACUGACUGCAACAACAUCCAGGGGAACCUUCGAGACCCCAGCUCACUAUCCUCCAACUCCAACUUUGAUUCCACAUCCAAAAAUGAUCCGUCCGUCUCUGCCCCCACAAAUGAGCUGUCGGUGUCAAAGUCCACAGACGAACGUGCCCCAUCCGUUGGCUCACUCGUCACCACGGAAGAGGGGGACGCAAAUAGCUGGAACACGGCAGAGGCUAGGCAGGUGGGCGAGAAACCUGUACAGACAUAUAGCCAUAAACCAACACACGCCAAGACCAAGAAUGUGUCAAAAGUUUCCAAAAACAGCAAAGUGGGUUGCAGCGUCAGGAUAUUGACCACCACUGAGAACCAGGGCAUGCGGAAGGUGGUGCCCAUCACCAAGCUAAGCCGGACUGGCCGUAAUGCCAAGCGGGUGGAGAGACCCGCCGGAGGCCAUGAGGGUGCCAGGCAGCCGCUCAUCGACAAGAGCACCCCAGCCAGGGAGAGGGGUGAGAAGACCGGUUGGCCCGUCCGCCACUCCAGCUUGCCCCCAGAGACCAAAUCCCAGUGGAACGCUGGCCUCUCUGGCUGGGCACGUGACCUCAACCUGCGAAAGCCCUCCUUCCGCAAGCCCAGCGCCAAGCCGCUGAGGAACCUGCCCAAGGCACCGCCGGAGGAGAAGAUGUGCCGCUCCACCAUGAGAGCCCUGGCUGCUCAGGCCCAAGGUCAGGUUAGGACACCCUCUGAGGCUAGCGCUCCUGAGACACCUAUUCACAGCUCCAAAACCCCAUCAGCCACCCUGCCUGGCUGGGCACGCAACACUGUGGCCUCCUCCUCUCGGACCACCAAGAAGGAACUCGCUCCAACCCUCUCCAACCCUCUGACCCCCUCCAGGAGCCCCUCUCUCCUGUCCCGGAGCAGCUCCCAGAGUCAAGCACCCGCUCGGCCGCAAGCCGCUGCCACAACCACACCUCCUGCCAAAGGGGGGCAGCAUUCACCCCGGGGGGAGGAGAAGGAAAAGGCCCAAGAGGGUGGUCUGCAGAGGCUGCAGAGCAGCAGCUUCUCAGAAAAAUCUGUCCAAUCCACUACGUCAUGUAGGACCAUCAAGCCCACCUGGAAGUAGAACUCAAAUAUGGUGGAACUUGAUUGGAGCAAGAGAGGAAGAAAUGGUUUUCCCCACAUACUGUAGACUGACAUUUUGUGUCCUCUUUCAUUAGCUACUCUAAGACAUCCCACCUCAUCCAUAUCAAGUCAUUAUACAGGGCUCCGUCAACACGUAUUGUAUGAACUGCAAAAAUAUAUAAUGCACUGUAUAAGAUUAUUUCUUCAUGAGCCCCCGUUUGUUUUUGAGCAUUCUUCACGGGGAGACAGAACUGACAAAUGGCAAAAUCCCCCCUUUUUCCUUCUUUGCCUGCGUUGUGGUCUUAAACUCUAUUUAAUAAGGUAUAAUAACAUGUCAAAAAAGAAAAACAAAUAUUAUGCUUUUUUUUACAACCCAUUUUAAGAUGGUGUUUACAUGGUAUUUACUUAAAAACGAUGUGGUAGUAACAAUGGAUAUGUUCUGGUACUCACCUCAAAGAAUACAACACUAUUGGUAAUUUACUGUUACCAAAUGGCACAUAGCGACACGUGUGUCAACGCAUCUCGUGUGAUUACUAUGCAAUUAUUAGAUAAUUACCAUUUAAACAAGUACUUUCUAGGUAACUACCUGGUAAACAAUGACUGUAAAAUGAAGUGUUACUGAAAACCCACUAAUGAACAUGCUUGAAUGCUGCUAAUUAGCUUUGACAAUUUGGGGACUGUGUUAGUGUCUUCAUUCAGGGUAUGAGCUUUGUAAGACGCUGCCUUGCUGCUGUUGUGAUUGUGACUUUCCGUGGUUCUCUACUUUCCUUUGCACAGCCGUACUAUACAGUAGCCUGGAGUCCACACUGAAUAUUGCUCCGUUUUUCACUUUACUGAUUUAGUCUGAGUCUGAUCCAAUAGGGUUCAAUUGGAAUUGGCAAAAAAGAGCUGGUCCAAUCAGUGUCUUCUCAGAUACUAUGUGCGGGACAAUAAUGAAAAUAACCUUAUUCACUAGAAACCAAACGGGGGGGGACGGAAUAAGAAACAAAGAAACAACUGUUUUCAUUUUCCGUUUGCACUAAAGAAUAUGACCCUGGCUCAGUGUCAUUGUACUUCUCAGCAGCUGGCCACUGAGUUCCUUUCCCGCUCCACUGAAGUUAUACCGCGGUUAUACUUGACAUUGCAAAAAUAGUAUAUAGUAAAACAAAAUUCAAAAUAAAAGGCCACAGAAUAAAUGCCCAUAGGCCCCAUUUAAUCCAACCGGGUAUCCGGGGUUAAGAUAAAUAGACAUUAUUGUUGAUGUGCUGCAUUGUCUUGGACAAAAUUAUAUGUGUAGUCAGACAUUAGGAAACUGAACUAUAUUUGAAUUCUAAUGUCAAGGAAGUUGAAGAAUUUUGUUUUUCAAUUGUUUUGGAUAUUUGGUUGUCAGUGUUUGAUUGAAUCAGGUAUCCUAUUGUGUACUGAGUCAUGUACAUUAACUAUUACUAUUAGCAAGUACAGAACGUUAUUGAGUCAUUAUCCUCUGUUUAUGAUACUCCAGUUAGUCCUUUGGUAUGAUUCCACUGUAAAGUUUUACCUUUACCUCUUAGAAUACAGUACAUGCCAAGGGUGUACUUUGUCAUGCAAUGCAUUUUCAUGUACUUGUGGUACUUUUGACAUUUGUAUGUAUAUAUCAAUAACGAGCAAUGUUUCUAAAUGCUCUUGAUAAAACGCCUCCAUUCAAGCAUGGAGUAGAAGUGCACACAAAGGAAAUAUUUUUCCUGCUUUAUGCUAUAGCUAGACCAACACUAACGCUAUGAAAAACAACAUUGAACAUGUAGCUCUUCAGACUGAAGUAACACCCAACAUGGUGUUGUUUUUCUCUGCGUUUUGUCACAAUAAUCGUCUUUGUAAUCCUCAACUUUUUUACUGUGAAUGUUGUCAUCUCCUGAUUUUUGUAUUACUUGACAUUGUGCAAUUGUGUUCCUUGACCGCCAUCGGUCGUGAUCAAAGUAAUACUGUAGAUUCUUCAGCCCUGCAAUUGCUCCUCACUACACUGGUCCCAGAUCAGUUUGUGCUGACUUGUUGACUCCUAUGGUCAUUGGCAAGCCAGCACAAACUGAUCUGGAACCAGGCCAGCUUGUCACCCCAGUUGCCUUUCAAACAGCAUUGUGCCAUUGACAUAAACAACAACAACUAGAGUAUAUUAACUUGAAGCUUGAUGUUGCUGUCCCAUAAUCAGUGUCUCCUAAAUUGUAAAUAAGAGUAGAAAUCCUCCCUACCUUCCAUUGCACCUACCAAAAUAGCUAUUAGACUGGAUACUACAAAUCACGGGCUUAGCCAAUUAGCUGUCCACUCUGUGUACAUAGUGUAAAGACAUACUAUUUUUGAUUAUACGUAGAGGUCGCAAUAUGUUUACACGUAGCAAACUGUAUAUGGAGGCUUGGAAGUAGUGAAGGUGAAAGGAUUCUGUUGACAAGUGGAAAUGGUUAACCAGACUUUUUCCUUUCUUGAAAUUGUCACAAUGAACAGCAUCGUUGUUCACAGACCAUACAUUGAGGCACUCAAUUCAACUUGUCAUGAAUCAACCAUGUCAAUCUACUGUACUCUAAGUCUGAGGAUAUCUCAAGCAUCUCUAUACAGUUGUUGUACCAUGUCUGUCUGCAAUAUUGAAAACCCACAACUGAAAAUGUUUGAAUGCUGCUAAUUAGCUUUGACAAUUUGAGGACUGUGUUAGUGUCUUCAUUAGGGUAUGAGCUUUGUAAGACGCUACCUUUCUUCUGUUGUGAUUGUUGUACCACUUCUGUCUGCAACUCUCAGAGUAGGCUUAAGAGAGCCCAUUUUAAAUUGAGCCUACAGGCCACAACCCUGCAGUAGGCCAUGAUAUUUGUAUCUCCCUGCUCUCUGCAAUGCAAAUGAAGUGAGGCAGCGAAUGUCACAAAAGACCCAGAGGCCAUACGUCAGCCCAGAUGGUCUGUCUCUCAAAUGGCACCCUAUUCCCUAUAUAGUGCACUGCCUUUGACCAGGGCCCAUAGGGCUCUGAUCAAAAGUAGUGUACUAUAUAGGAAUAGGGUGCCAUUUGGGAUGCCGGCCUACGACAUGGCUAAUGACUAAAGAGCGAGACACAAUGCUCCUCUCUCUCCCUCUCUUUUCCCACCUACAGUCACAGUCAAACUGUAUGAUGAUAGAUCUCUUGUCCACCAGACUUAACACAAUGUCCAGUCUUUUACAAGGAUGGUCUUUUACAAGAGCGGCCUCCCACAUCUUAUCGCACAAUGCCUCCUGCUUUUGGGCUCAUUUUGAGAGGGGCAUGUCGACAAUGGGUGGUCUUGCGUCAGAGCCACUAAAUACGGUGGGACUUCAAUACGGAAUGUCUACCCUUGCAUCCACCCACCACUCUGCCGCCACUUCCUUGUUAUGUGAUGGUAACCAUGACAUCUUGGUCCAGCAGCUCAGUCAGGACGCUGUGGGACUGAAAACUAGAAGUGGUCCAUCUGACUAAUAGCCUUAGCCUUUCUAAACUUAGGCCCGACUCCUAAUCAUGACAGAGCAGGCGCCUGGCAACCCAAAACGGUGUUGAAACAUUUGUCCAAUGUUGCCCAACCCAAACCGAAUGGUGGCGAUUAAGAUUUUCCCAUUGAUUGAUUGAUGUUGGUGGUUUUUCAAGCCAACUCGUGAAGUUGCACGCACACAAUACAGUGACUUCAUCCACAGUAGGCCACAGUUCAUGUUCACCUUCAAAUGUUGACCUUAAAUCACAGUGUGAGCUAUAGGCAUGGAUUCCUAGGUGAUGGUGCUUGUGUGUUGGAACUGAAAGCAAGGACGAAUGUUUUCUAGCCUGAUCCCAGAUCUGUUUGUGCUUCAUAGCCAACAAUAUGAUUGUUGUCAUGGCCUGACAACACAAACCAUUCCGGGACAAGGCUUGAUGUUUUUUACUGUUUUAAUGUGAUUCUUUAUGGGGAUCAGACUACGCAUAUCUUAGCUGGAGUUCCCACCACUUUAUAUAGCUGCUCCACUUAAUUGCCUUGGUUCUGCUUUGCCGCCUUCUUCUCCAAGUAACUGUCUUCGAUGUUAAUAAACUCAAACUUCUACCUGGAGAAAAUGACUGUAAUCACUAGAGUACACAAGGCUGAAUAUUAUGCUAUUCUACAGCACUGAUAAUUUGUAAAAGUUAUGAUGUGAAA